GCGCGGUCUUGCAGUGCUUAUACUUGGAAACAAGUAACACGCAUGGCAGUAAAAGCGAGUUUUGUUUUAAAGCCAAGGAGCACAUCCAGGAGAUGAAGAAAGAGCUCGAUUCGCUUCUGCAGACAGCGGAGAAGGCGUUUGCGGUGGAGCUGCUGACGAUGCCGGCUGCCGUCAGGAAGAUGAAAAGGAAAGAGGUUCUCGAUUUGCAGGGACGAGAGGAAGUGGUUCUUGCUGCUGCAAUGACUGACUGUUCUCUAGAAGAUAUGCCAAAUCCCAAACUGGUGAGGACCAACAGCAAAAAAGUUAAGGUAACCACAAUUGUUGAAUAUGAAGAUGCCAAGCACAGUUCUGCAAAGAAAGUAACUAAAAAAAUUUCCAAAACCAGGUCACUGGUUUCACUGGCCUCUGGUUUAAGUGGCAAACUGAACUCUCUUUCUAGUGCCACAAAUCUCAAAGCCACUCCAAAGGGAGCUAAAAGUGCUGGAUUACAACAGACUGUCUCAAGAACUUUACCUGCCAGUGGAAGAGUUCAAGGCAUGUUAAAAAGAAGUAAAUCUGUACCCCAACAUAAAAGUGUUCCAUUUGUCAACAUUCCCUUGGCUGAUGGACAGAAUCUGGGCAUGCAAGAAAGAUCUUUUAAUCUUCUCCGUAAUAUCGAUGUGCAGCUCCUAAAUCAGGAUACAGUACAGCACAUUCAUAACUUGGUGAGUGAGCUGACCGUACUGUGUGGAAAGGUAACACCUAAACCAAGUUAAUGGAACUGUCUUGAACACAGAACAUUCAUGACUGCUCUUGCCUGCUGCCUCCAAAGUGUUGAAAUUAUGUCUACAAUGUCUUAAUAAAGCUGUAUACUGCCCAGUAAAUGUUUUUAUAAGCUUUCA